AUGCUUUUAACUGAAGCCCAUCUUGAGACUCCGCAGGCCUUUGGCGCCGCAUUCAUUGUCGGAGUACUCGUGCAUAUCUUUGUUCUACGUAAAGGAGAAUGGGACCUUUGGACUGUUAAGCUUAUCAAGGCAUGGGCAACGUAUGAGGUCACUGUCUCAUUGUUCCUCACCCAACUCUACUCUUUCUCAGUCUGGCAAGCUCUCUCAGUCACCAACAAAUGGUUCGCAUCGUUUGUUACGGGUCUUUCAAUCAGCAUCUUGACGUAUCGAGCAUACUUUCACCGACUGAACCGGUUCCCCGGUCCAUUUCUUGCUCGCCUCUCAACAUUCUACGCUACUUAUCUUACAGUUGAUGAAGAGCAUAUGUAUCUUGAAGUCCAGAAGCUUCACGAGAAGCCCAUUCACGCUCCCUCAUCCCCGGUCAUUAAAUCACCGUUCUAUGGCAUCACCCAUCCAUGGGUAAUGCUUCUCUCUGAGCGACGAAAGAAAGAACAUGCCACCCGCCGUAAAGCAUGGGAUAGAGCGUUCACUACAAAAGCCCUACGCGAUUAUGAGCACCGAGUGCUCAAAUACACCAAACUUCUCACUGACCGCAUCGAUGAAGCAAAGGGUAAACCAUUCAACGUAGCCCUAUGGGUAAACUUCUACACAUUUGACAUCAUGGGUGAUCUUGCCUUCGGAAAAAGCUUCGACAUGCUAGAAAGCGGCGUCGAACACAACUUCUUCACAGAGUCCCACAAAACCCAAGGCUUCAUGGGCGCGUUCCGGCGACUGGUUUGGUUCUUCCCUCUUGUUUCAUCUAUCCCAAUCGUGAACAGUUCGUUUCUGGCUUUUCAAGCCUAUAUCAGGAAUCAAGUCGAGACUCGACGAAAGAAUAAACCGGCGGAACCAGAUGUAUUCAGUAGUAUCCUGGAAGAUUACGAUGCGAUGGAGAAGCCCACUCAGCAGGACUUCGAUAACCUUUGUGGUGAUGCUCAUCUCAUUGUUAUCGCUGGCAGUGAUACCACUUCCUCUUCCACGACUUGUCUCUUGCACAACCUCGUACUCCACCCCGAUGUGCUGGCAAAACUCCAGGCUGAGAUUGAUGAAUACAAGAACACCCACGACGAAUAUGAUCUGGUUUCCCUAAGCAAGCUACAGUAUCUUCAAGCUUGUAUCGAUGAGUCACUUCGUCUUUAUCCUGUUGUCCCAUCAGGUGUUCCAAGGAUGACUCCGCCGGAAGGAAUGCAGCUUGAUGAUGUUUACAUACCCGGAGAUACAAUUAUACAUAGUCCUUCUUACACCAUGUACCGAGAUGAGCGUUGCUUUGAGAAGCCGAACGAGUUUAUUCCUGAGCGAUGGACUACUAAACCGGAGCUGAUCAAAGAUGCAUCGGUAUACGCUCCAUUCCAUACUGGUCGUGGCGUUUGUGCUGGAAAGCAACUUGGUCUUAUGGAGAUGCGCUAUGUGCUCAUGGAUAUUCUCUCACGAUAUGAUAUUGAUUUCGCACCAGGGACCAAUCCUCAAGCUUUCAUCAAUGGCUUACGAGAUUGUUACACUUUGGAACUGCCAAGAUUGGAUAUGGUGUUCACCCCAAGAACCGGAGCCAAGGUCGAAGGAUAA